AAGCAUAGCAAUUAGCAUAGGUAAAACGUGGGAAUGAAUAGGAUGAGAUUGAGAUGAUAACAACGAACGACGCCGUAUGAACCCCUCAAACCGUACAACACGUAUCUUCCAUUAUUAUAAAUCGAAUCCAGCUCCCAUUUCUCUCUUCCUCUCCUUUCUCGUAGCUCCACAUCCCUUCAUUUCUUUCUCUCUCUCAGGCGUUCUACUGUGGAAUAAAGUUGAUUUUGAAGAUGAACUGUUAUGGUCUUCAGCAGAACGCCUUUGCAGCCUGUGAAGAGAUGAGAGGCCCUGUGAAUUUUGUUGAACAGAAGGAGCCUGUCAUUUGCCCUAAGCCGCGCCGAGUUGGGGUUGUAUCUAACAUGCCUAUGAGGCAUUUGAGAUGGCAUUUCAAUCCACAGGCUGAGGGUUCUGACUCAAAAGCUGGGGCAGAGCUAUUAGAGAUAAUGUUUAAGAAGGAGAGCCAUGGGGAGGAAUUUUCAAAUCAGGUAGCUUCAUCUCCUCCAUUUUUUUGUGGGUCUCCUCCGGGCCGAGCUGCAAAUCCCUUAGUCCAGGAUGCUCGUUUCGGAGAUGAAAAGCUUUGUCCGACAUUAUUAAUUUCAUCGCCCUCAGGUUUACUAUCUCCAUCAUCAGCGUCACGCAAAGGAGGGUGUGUUAGGAUGAGUUUCGGACUUAAACCGGCUGCAGUUAGAGUAGAUGGAUUUGAUUGCCUCAACAAGGAUUGCCAGAAUUCUAGGAUCCCUGUUGUUGCUUAAACUCCAUUCAGAGAAAUGUAUAUAGAGGAAGCUGAGUGUGACUGCUUAUAAAAAUGACUUGACUUAACUAGGAUGAAUAUCUUUGAGUAGGUUGAGGGAAAUGCUGAAGAAGCAAACCUUGUGUUCUUGAGAAGGUUUGAUGUGUAAAGAGAGCAUCUUCUUUUUAUAAUAUAUGGUUGGAUCUGAGUGUUUUCUAAAUAAUUUUUAGGUCAUCACCACGAGAAUGUCCUGUAUAGAGAUUUGGUGAUUUUGGUUAUCAAUUUUGUGAAUAUGGUUAGCUAAAUUUGAAAGAACUUUUAUUGUGUUUAAUGAAAUUAAACCGGCAUUUAUAAAGAGAAAUGUCAUUUUCUAGCCCU